AAUGGAUUAUGAAUAGGUAAUGAAUGACAAGAAGUUGAGAGAGUAGCUAGAAGGAGGGGAAACGAUAGUGUUGACAAUGAAAGUGAUAAAGUUCACAGGACAAAAUAAAAAGUUGCCAAGAGUGAUAGUAAUGAUAAUGAUUGAUAUUGUUUAUAGGCAAUAACAAAUAAGAACAUAUAUAACAUAUCUCCAGCUGAAGGAAGUGCUGUAAAGAACUUCUUUUAGAAUUUGGUGUAGAAGUAAGAAUUUGCAUAACCUAAAUUAGAUCAAGGAUAAAGAGAAAAAUAGCAUUAUCAGCAAUAAUUGGAAUAACCAUUUCAAAAAUAGUAAAAGAGUUUAUACUUCAUAUUCCAACCGAAUAUGAUUAACGAUAUUAAGUAGAUGAUUAGUAAAUAUAGACCAAUAUAAUUUAAGAUUGGCAUUAAUAAUCUAAACACUUUGUGAAGUUUAUGUAAAACAUAAUUUAAAGAAAAUUAAAUGUUUCUUUAUUGAAGAAAUGAAUCUAAGUUAAUAUACAACAACUAAUUAUGAUAUUAAAAAGAAUAUUAGAAGGUAAUUGCCUAAGUAAGGAAAUGAAAUGACAGUUGAUGAGGUGAAAAUGGCAAUGCAAGCAUCAAGGGGAAAUGUUUAAACAUUAUAUCAGAAAUCAAAUUCUCCUGAGAUUAGUAUUGAAGAUUUUACAUUAAUUAAAAUGUUGGGUAGAGGGGCAUUUGGUAAAGUGAUGUUAUGUGAGAAGAAGGAUACAAAAGAGAUUUUUGCAAUUAAGAGUUUAAGAAAAGAAGAUAUUAUUUCUAGAGAUCAUAUAGAAUAUUUGAAAACUGAAAGAAAGAUAUUAGAAUAGACAUAACAUCCAUUUUUAGUAUCAUUAGAAUAUGCCUUUAUUACUUAAGAAUGUGUAUAUUUUGUGAUGAAAUUUAUGAUGUAAAUUAUCAAUUAUAUGUUAGAGGCGGUGAAUUAUAUACUCAUUUAUAGAAGAUAAAUAAAUUUAAUGAAGAAUUUGCUUUAUUCUAUUCAUCUUAAGUUCUAUUGGCUUUGGAAUAUUUGCAUAAAUAGGGCAUUAUUUAUAGAGAUUUGAAACCAGAGAAUAUUUUGAUGGAUGAAAAAGGAUAUGUUGCAUUGACAGAUUAUGGAUUAGCUAAAUUCUUAUCAAAAGGAUAAGUUACAUAAUCAAUUGUAGGUACACCUGAAUAUUUGGCACCUGAAGUAAUUACUUAAUAAGGACAUGCUUUUACAGCUGACUGGUGGUGUUUGGGUAUAUUAAUGUAAGUUAUUAUAAUAUAUAUUUAAGUUAUGAAAUGUUAUGUGGUAAAACUCCUUUCUUUUCAGAAAAUAGAAAUUAGAUGUUUAGAAAUAUUGUUGAAUCUGAUUUGAAAUUUCCAUCAACUCUUCAUAUUACUCCAGAAUGUAAGAAUCUACUUUCAAGUUUACUUAAAAAGAAACCUAAUGAACGUUUGGGAAAUAAAGGAGAUGCUGAAGAGAUUAAAAAGCAUCCCUGGUUCAAACGUAUGGAUUUUUAGAGAUUGAUUGCAAAAGAAGUAAUAUAUAUAUUUUAUUAUGUAGAUUUAAGCACCAAUAAUUCCAGACUUAUAAUCUGCCACUGAUUUAUCAAAUUUUAAUCCCCAAAUUUUAGAUGAAAGUAAUUUCAAAUUAUUUUAUUUAAGAAAUUGAGGAAGGUGAGCCAUAAGGUACAACAAAUACUUAGGCUUUGUAAAAAUUUGAUUAAGAAUUCUAUGGUUUGAAUUACAAAAAAGAAUGA